CAAAAAGUGUAAAUAGUGGAAAAGAACUUCAGUUAAUUCUAAAAAACAAGAUAAAGGAAGACGUGUUUUAUUGGACGCUCUUUCAGUAAUAGAAUACAAGGAGGUCUAAACAGGUGUUACAAAAAAGGAUGGACCAUUACGAGAUUUCUGCUAGAUUUUUUAAGCUCGAGCAGCAAAUUGAUAAUUUGGAAAAGUAUGUAAUAGAUACGACAUCAAAGAUUCUGGCCGAAAUUUCAAUAUUAACGGCUAAUAUGAACGUGGGCAAGCGGACAUUUCCGGUUUCGUCAUUUGAAGAACUCGGCCAAUUGGAAUCGGAUGCCCAAGCCAAUCCAGAAGCAUUUAUAACGUUGUUAAAAAACGUAAUCGGAGAUGAAGGCAUAAUAGAUGGUCUAAGACGACUUCUUUCAGAGGACCUAUUACUUAAAAUGAACUAUUCGGGAAAGAAGGGGCUGGUCGGCCUAGUGAAAUAUAAUAACUUCACCCACGUACUGUAUGAAUCACAAAGAAACGACAAUUACAGUCUUAGCCAAUAUAACGAGGAUCUGCGUUCAGCGUUCGCUAAGGCGAAACAUAAAGUAUACAAAAGUACUUAUGACAAAAAAAGGAAAACAAAUUUUCAGGAAAAUACUUAUGGAGAAAAGAAAAAAACAAAUUACGUGCGCAAGCGGACAUUUCCGAUUUCGUCAUUUGAAGAACUCGGCCAAUUGGACUCCGAUGCCCAAGCCGAUCCAGAAGCAUUUAUAAUCUCGUUUAAAAACAUAAUCGGAAAUAAAGGCAUAAAAACUGGUCUAAAACGACUUCUUUCAGAGGACCUGUUAUUUAAAAUGAAUUAUUCAGGAAAGAUGGGACAGGUCGGCCUAGUGAAAUAUAAUAACUUCACCGACGUACUGUAUGAAUCACUCAAAACCGACAAUUACAGUCUUGACCAAUACAAAUUAGAUCUGCGUUCAGCGUUCACUAAGGCAAAAAAUAAAGUAUACAAAAAUACUUAUGACAAAAAAAAGAAAACAAAUAUUCAGGAAAAUACUUAUGACAAAAAAGGGAAAACAAACUUUCAGGAAAACGUGUGCGGGCGGAAAUUUCCGAUUUCGUCAUUUGAAGAACUCGGCCAAUUGGACUCCGAUGCCCAAGCCAAUCCAGAAGCAUUUAAAAUCUCGUUUAAAAACAUAAUCGGAAAUGAAGGCAUAAUAGCUGGUCUAAGAAAACUUCUGUCAGAUGACCUGUUAUUUAAAAUGAAUUAUUCGGGAAAGAUGGGACAGGUCGGCCUAGUGAAAUAUUAUAACUUCACCAACGUACUGUAUGAAUCACUCAAAAACGAAAAUUACAGUCUUCAACAAUAUAAAUGUGAUCUGCGUUCAGCGAUCCUUAAGGCAAAAAAUAAAGUGUACAAAAAUAAUUUUAACAAAAAAAGGAAAACAAAUUCUCAGGAAUAAAAUGUUAAUAGUCGUACAAAUUA